CGGGCGGGGUCGCACGUGACCGUGACGUCAGCGCACCCGCGCCGCCGGCUGGACGCCAGGGUCUCUGCCUUGGCCCGGGCCCUUCGCGCCGCGUGGCCGUGUCCGCGGACUCGCCCCCCGGAGCCGGCCGGCAGCAUGUACCACAACAGCAGCCAGAAGCGGCACUGGACCUUCGCCGGCGAGGAGCAGCUGGCGCGGCUGCGCGCCGACGCCAACCGCAAGUUCAAAUGCAAAGCGGUGGCCAACGGGAAGGUUCUUCCAAAUGAUCCAGUCUUUCUUGAGCCUCAUGAAGAAAUGACUCUCUGCAAAUACUAUGAGAAAAGAUUACUGGAAUUUUGUUCAGUGUUUAAACCAGCAAUGCCGAGGUCUGUGGUGGGUACAGCCUGCAUGUAUUUCAAGCGUUUUUAUCUUAAUAACUCAGUAAUGGAAUACCACCCACGGAUAAUAAUGCUCACGUGCGCAUUUUUGGCCUGCAAAGUAGAUGAAUUCAAUGUAUCUAGUCCACAGUUUGUUGGAAAUCUGCGGGAGAGUCCUCUUGGACAGGAGAAGGCACUUGAACAGAUUUUGGAGUAUGAACUGCUACUUAUACAGCAACUUAAUUUCCACCUUAUUGUUCACAAUCCUUAUAGACCAUUUGAGGGCUUUCUCAUUGACCUAAAGACCCGCUAUCCUAUGUUGGAGAAUCCAGAGAUUUUGAGGAAAACAGCUGAUGACUUUCUUAAUAGAGUUGCACUGACGGAUGCUUACCUUUUAUACACACCUUCUCAGAUCGCCCUGACUGCUAUUUUGUCUAGUGCAUCCAGAGCAGGAAUUACUAUGGAAAGUUACUUAUCAGAAACUCUGAUGCUAAAAGAGAACAGAACUUGCUUGUCACAGUUACUAGAUACAAUGAAAAGCAUGAGGAACUUGGUAAAAAAAUAUGAACCACCCAGACCUGAGGAAGUCGCUGUUCUGAAACAGAAGUUGGAGAGAUGUCACUCUGCUGAGCUUGCUCUUAACGUAAUUACGAAGAAAAGGAAAGGCUAUGAAGAUGAUGAUUAUGUCUCAAAGAAGUCCAAACAUGAGGAGGAAGAAUGGACUGAUGAUGACCUGGUAGACUCUCUCUGACCAUUUGAAAUUGAUCUGUCAAUGCUUACAAAUCAACAGAACGAUGGAACACUUCGGGCAUUUAAAUUUCUUUAAAAAUGAAAUAAUGUGAAAGCAUCAAAAUACAGUAAACGUUUUUAUUUAUUCAGGGUAGCUUUAUAUGAAGUAAAACAUCUUCAAAGGACUCAGAAUAGCACCUGGUUCAGAUAAUCUGCCUCCCCCAUAACUAAUAUGAAAUUUAGUCUUUCUGUAGUAGCCAAAUGAAAGCUGUAGUUUCUUUGCCUAUGAUGUUUUAAACACAAUAAGAAAACAUCCCUUUUGAAAAAAGGCACCAUGAAAAACAAAACUUAGUAUUCAGCUUUAAACAUGCUAGGGAAUGCUUUUUGCUCUCUAGAAACCUUAUGUAUGGCUUCUCAAAUGGCAUCCUGAUAUAAUUAACUAUUUGUAUGUUACUACUUAAUUAUACAGAAUGUACUUCAACUGUUAUGUGAUAUUGAUAGCUUAGUCACUCAAGGUAUGGGGAUAUUUGUUUUUCCCAAUUAACUGGAAACAUGUCCAAAAGGGUUUUUUUUUUUUUUAAAUAUUGAUUUUAGAAAUAGGGAGAGAGAAACAUGGUUUAUUUAUGCAUUCAUUGGUUGAUUCUUGUAUGUGCCCUGACCAAGGAUCAAACCUGCUACCUUGGCAUAUGGGGACAGUGCUCUACCAUCUAAGCUACCCAACCAGGGCCUCUGAAUGGCCCUUUUUUUUUUUUAAAGAGGAAAUCAAUCAAAUAAACAGUCUUUAGUAGCUGUCUAGACUAAAACCUAAGUUGCUAAAGGUAAGGUAGAUAGUAGCAAGUUGUAUGUUCAGUUUUAUAAUUAACCUGUUAGAUUACCCAGGUGAACCCAUGUAAAUGUGUUACAGUUACUAGAAAUUUUUCAGAGUGAAUAUAAAAACACAAAGGCACAGACUGUGGCACCUAAUCACUUGUGGCUCUGAGCAAGUUAUUAAAGCCCUCUGUGUCCAUUUCCCAAGGUGAAAAAUGGGGAAAAUAAUACCUAUCCUCACAGGAUUACUUAGAAUAGUGCUUCUGUAUAUUAAGUGUUCAAACAAAUGUUGGCUAUUACAGCAUGUUUAUUAUUAAUUGUAAUCUUAACAAUUUUCUACAUUGGAACCAAAUUCUGGACACCUGUCAAAUUUUAUGGAACACUGGGCUAAAGGAAUUCUGAGAAACUCUCAAUCUAAGUUUUGUGGAUACACCUGGCUGCGUUGCUCACAUGAGUGUAGGUACUGUUUUAAUUACAUCUUAGUAUUUGAGGGCAGUAUUUACACUACGUGUAUUCUCAUUUUAGGCAUAAGGUUUGGAGUUUGUUUUAUUUUUCACUUCCUUCUCAUUGAAUGGGAGGAAUAAAAUCGAUGGAAGUGAUUUUACAAAAGUGGAAAAAGCCUAAAUUGGCAGUCCUCCAGUGCAGUCCAUCCUGGUUAAGUACCAGUGCUGCAAGGCUCCCGACAGAAUUCUGCAAGCUGUUCACAGAUUACUUUCUAUUUUAGGUCACUAAACUUUGGUAUCAGAGCAAGGUCCACAUUUAUCUCAAAUUUUCCUACCUAGCCCAGUUUUAGAGGUUUUAUUUCAUCACUGACCAGCUAGUUAUUGCAAGGCCUGAAGAGAUGAACAAGUUUCCUAUUCUAGAUAAACAGACAAACAUAUUAAAAAAAUAAGGCAGAAGAGGAAUUAGCACUUCAGAUUAAGGGGUGGCAGGUCAGUACGACUGAGCCUGAGGUGUGAUUACUGGGAGGGCUCCAAAUGCGUAGGACUAGGUGUUGAACCUUUCCGCAUACUGUCAAAAGAGGCACUUUGGAGAUGUUGCUAAUCCACAUUACUUUGUCCUCUAUCCUGUGAUAUGAGGGAAGGAGACCCAAGUUGGAUAUUACUGUGGCAAUCCACUUGAAAAACAAGAGGGAUGAAAAAGAAAGGAAAGUAACAGGAAAAACACACAAGGGGGGGAAUGGAAUUGAGUUGACCUAAAGAAAAAGGGGUACAAAGUGUGUUUGUUUUUUUUUUGCUCUCAUUGUUCAACUGUGACUAUAGCCACACCAAGGCUAGCUGCCUCCCCAGAAAUAAGUUUAUAUUGUACAGAACCUUUUAAAACCUUGACUAGUUAACAGUAUUUUUUCCUAUAUUUUAAUCAGAGGGACAGAGUAAAAUGUUGCUCUUGGAAUAUAAGCCUUUAGGAAAUUUCUUUACUGUAGAAAAGGUUGUCCCUAAUAUUUUCCCCUUGGUUCCUGUCUGACCCACUUUGAUAUGCUGCUGCAUACUUUUUACAUGCCCUCUCCUUUGCACAAUUACAGGAGUGAAGGAACGGUUGCUUAACAAAUACAUAAUGAAGGAAUUAAUAUAAUCUUUCCAAAGAGACCAUUAGAAAAAAAAAUGAUCUGAAGUUUCAUCUUUGUGCCUUGCUCUGGUACUAAAUUUGAACUAUCCCUAAACAAGGAAGAAAAUGAAAUUAAAUGCUUACCUGUAUUUAGAAAGAAGUAAUCAAUUAUUUAGUAUCCCUUGGUUUUAUUUUAACUUAACCCUUGUGAAUACUUCACAAAAAUACACAUACAGAAGCAAAUAAAACUAUACAAACUAAAUACCCAGCAGAUACAAUAAGUAGUCAGAAGUUCAAAAAUGGAUAGCUGUUAACAUGACUGAUGAGGUGGUCUGCAUAACCAAAAUCAACUUGGAAUAAAAGAAUACUUUCAACAAAAAGCAUUCUAGGUUUUCUUUCUUUUUUAACACAAAAGAAAUUGGUAAUCUAUAAAAUGGUUGAAUGGGUAACAUGCAUCGAUCAUUAGUACAACCAAUAAUAUUUAUUGAAUUGAAAUUAUUUACUGUUGUAAACAUUUAACAAAAAGCAUUAUGAAAUCUAAAUACAGUCUUUGACAGUUCAAAUAAGUGGUAUGUUUAAAAAAUAAAGCUGAUGAGCAAUAGAUCCAUUCUAGAAUUCUCUUUCAACAGUUCCAGCAAGAGAAUAGCACAAUAUUUUUAAAAAGUAUACAGCAAAGAUUGUUCCUAUUAUAAUGGCAAACUCUGGAAACUGUAAAUACAAAUAAAAGUCAUUGAACAGUCAAACGGUCAUGUUCUGUAUCAGGAAGAAGUUACAGUAAGAACAGUCUGCAAAUCCAGUUAUAUUCAAUUGUUGACAGAAUGUUUUUUCUUGUCAGUUGAUUUCAGUUCUUUUUCCGAGAGACAGCAAAACUUUGGCAAUUGGAUGUAUUGAAAAUAUAUUCUCAAAGUUCAAGAUAGUCAUUUUGUUGUAUGAAAGGUGAUCUGUACACCAAGGCUCAGAGGUUGGUAAAGAUUAAUUCCAUAUGUGGAAAAAGUGCAAAUAUCCUGCACAGAUAGCUUACAAAGCUGCUGGCUCAGUUAGUCACCAGCAGAAUCUAGGGCUUUGUUUGCAUAGCUCACACAUCACUGGAAUGUGGAAAGGUGUGCUAUUUUUUGGCAAGAGCAGAGGAGACACACGGAUGUGAAUUUACCAUGUUGGACAUGUUGAAUCCAUGCAGAACACUUGGGUGAAGGCUGCUACCUGACAUCAUUGGUUUUUGUGUAUUGGUUUUGUUUUUGUUGAAGCAGUUCUGUUAUAGCCAGAAGCUUUUUCAGUACGUGCUAGACAAGGAAAAACAGUAUGAAAAUAAUUAAAUAAAUGAAAGCUUGGUUGGAAAUUUCAGGGAUGGAAACCUGGCUUUGAAAAAAGCCAUUAUUACCAUUCCACUGAAAACAUAAAAUUGUCAAAGUUGCUGAAGUGCUGAAUAAAUUUGAUGAUAAUA